AUGGACUUUAACCGAUUUUCUGGUGGGAUGUUCCUGCAUGAAACCGUCGGUCGGGACAUCACCAUUAACAACCAAGUCCGGAUUAGCAACAUUCUCUCGGGAUCGGACCAAGAUGGCAUCAACGAACGCUGGGGUGUGUUCGAAGGGUGUCCCGGGUAUCUGGUUGGGCUCUCUCGUGCCGGCAACAACGGCUUCCUUCGGGAGGAAGGUCACCCUAUAAACAUCGAUUCCAUCGAAGUCCUUGCGUUUAGAACCUGGGGAGAUACCUGGUCUGAAUUCGAUUAA